AGUGAGCCGUCGGUCAAGACGCGCAGACAUAUUCCGGUUUACCAGAAGCAGAUUAGAGCAAUAUAUCUCGAUUAGAGUGCUGCCGCAUUAAGUCGUUAUCACUGGUUAGAAAAACGCUGUCUGAGUCUGACAUAUAACUAAUGCGAAGUAGCGACUAUUGUUUGUGUUUCACAGUUGGAUUCGUGUAAUAUCGUUCGUCAGACUGAAACAUAACUUCCGUGUUUGCACCCGUAGGUCCAGACCCGCAAACAUGUCUAAUAAGAGACAAAUAUGUCAAAUAACAAGAACGGGUCAGUCAGAGAGCGGACAUAUUCAUGUCCCUUCAAGGAAACCCAGAUUAGACGCAUGCUCAGGUCUGCAGGCAGAUGUUCCUCUAGCUGUGGUUGAGGAGAUCCUCCUGAAUCUGCCUGCUCAUCAGGUGGUGCGAGUCUGUCGUCUGGUGUGUCAUGAGUGGAAGGAGCUGGUGGACAGUGCUGCACACUGGAGAGAGCGCUGUCACAGAGAGGGAUUCCACCCAUGUGAGGUUUCCAGACCACCAGAUGACUGGCGCUUGUUUUACUUCUUAACUAAGAAUCGACAUAACUUGCUCAAGAAUCCCAGAGCAGAAGGUCAACUUCAAGGAUGGACGAUUGUACAGAAUGGAGGUGACUGCUGGGUUACAGGGGGAAAUAUGAAACCAUUUCCAGAUGAGACAGUCACAAAAUGUUUUGUAACUUCUUAUGGGUUAUGUUUGAAGCAACAGCUUAUUGAUUUGAAGAAAGAAGGCUACAGUGAUGCUUUCAUGGAUCGACUGCAACCUCCUAUCAAAAUAACAGACUGGUAUGCACCACGCUAUGAUUGUGGGUGUCAGUAUGAGAUCAGUGUAGAGUUGCUUGAUCGGAGGAAAAAACCUCUCUGUACUUUUCAGCCUGAGAAAGUUUUUUUUGAACAGUGGAAUCAUGAGCCGUGGUGUCAAAUGACACACGUCUUUAAGGAUUAUGGACCUGGGGUUCGGUUUAUCUGUUUCACUCAUGGAGGGGUGGAUACACAGUUUUGGGCAGGCUGGUAUGGGAUACGGGUUACCAACAGUAGUGUGGAGAUCUGUCCAGCUGAAGAGAGAUAGUGUUUAUAUAUAUAUACAGUAUAUAUAUAUUCCUUAAAUUUACAGGCAGAAAAGUGACCUACAGAUGAGGAAUUCUAAUGAUGCAAUAUGCCAUAAAGGAGAUAUACCAAGUAUAACCUUACAGAGCUCUGUUGUGUACGUAUUUAGCUCCAAUAAACGCUAUAUGUUAAACUGUUAAAAUGAAAGGCCUAAUUACAGGCAUACGCAUGCACUUUUAGAAAUUAUUUCACUUAAAGAAAUAAUCAGUUUACAUACA